UUUCAAUUCCUCAUUUGUGUUUAGUAUUUGUACUGGCAGUGAAAUAGAAACAGUGUAAACACUUAAACUAGAGUAGAAUCGGUGAUAAAUAUGUCUGCAACCGGUGACGGCGGAGGCGGUGGCGGUGGUCAGGAAGAAGACAAGAAGCCUGUGGAUCAAACUGCUCAUAUUAAUCUUAAAGUGAAGGGACAAGAUGGCAAUGAGGUGUUUUUCAGGAUCAAGAGAAGCACGCAGCUGCGGAAACUAAUGACUGCUUACUGUGAUAGGCAAUCAGUAGAAUUCAACUCGAUUGCUUUUCUGUUUGAUGGCAGGAGGCUGCGUGCUGAACAGACUCCUGAUGAGCUUGAGAUGGAAGAUGGAGAUGAAAUUGAUGCUAUGCUGCACCAAACUGGAGGUGGAGAUGCAUAGCUUGAGUGCACAUUGACUAAGCCGAUGAAUACAACGGAGGUGGAUUGAAAUAUUAUUACCCUACUAGUUUAUUUGGAAAAGCUGCUGUAAAUGGAGAUCAAACUCAUGCAGACUGUACUCUGGUUUUCUAUAUAUUUUGUUUCAUCGACUUUGAACUUAUUAAUUUAUCAUCCUGAGAUGCAAUUUCAACUGGUUUAA